GCUGACAAAAAAACAGAAUUGCAUAACAUAAAAUCGUGGAAGGUCUGGUCCGAUGUUGAAUUCCGAAGAGCCACCCCGUGCGAAGAAGAGGAAGGAGGAAGAAGAAGAAGGGGGAUCUCUUGAAUCGUGCUUGACAGAUGAUUUGCUUCUGAACUGCGUGGCUAGACUCUCGAGACAAGAGCUCGCGGCCUUAUCUCUGGCCUCCAAGAGUUAUCGCUCUCUAGUAGCGUCCCCCGAUCUCUACAAGAUCCGAUCCCUGAUCGGUCGCACCGAAACAUACGUCUACGUAUGCAUACGAACCCCAGGUCCCGAUUCAGCCAUUCCCUGGUACAUUCCACGUCUCAACCCAACCCUAGGCUGGUAUAUCCUCCGCCGUGGCAAAACCUCGUCUGAUCUGAUUCCAAUCCUUUCGCCCUCUCUGCCUCUGGAAGGAUCCUCAGUGGUGGUGCUGGACUGCGGAAUCUACGUAAUCGGUGGAUUUAUUAUUAAUGGAGAGGAGCAGGAGCAGCGCCGCAGUUCCGACGUGUGGCUGUUGGAUUGUCGGACUCACACUUGGCGAACUGUCCCUUCCAUGGGAGUGGGUCGAGCUUACGGGGCGGCUGGCGUUGUAGACGGGAAGAUUUACGUGUUGGGAGGAUACGAUGUAGUUGAUGAUGGUAAUUGGGGACAAGUGUUUGACCCGAAGACUCAGACUUGGGAUACUUUGCCGCCGCCAAUGCCUAAAGGGAAGAUUGUCAAUAAUUUGAAUAUCCACGACAGUUUUGUGAGGGAUCAUAAGGUUUACGCAGUGGAUGGAAUGGAUAGAACCUAUUACUACUCGCCGAGGGAAGUUAAAUGGGGAACUGGGAACCGUGAUCAACAGAUACGAUGCCGAAGGGAUUGGUGUAUGAUUGAUAACUUGAUUUAUUGUCUUAACAGCGACGGGAGUAUAAAUUGGUGUGAGCCAGAUGAGUUGGAUUUGCGUGGUGAGAAGGAGGAGAUCAUGAUAAAUACAAAGGAGGUCAAGGGUUUAGGCUCCUCUCUAAAAGUGAGUCUCUUUCUUUCAAGUCUUGUCCACGUUGGUGACCAGAUACUACAUCGGUGGGAACAAACUAAAAUCAAGAAUGGACAUCCACCGCCAAAUAAGAAGAGCAAGUUUGCUACAAUCCUAGAGUUGGAAGUUUUAAUUCCAGGUGCCAGACUGAUCAACUCUGGUGGCGAUGGCAACAUGGUGCUCUUCUGGGAUCGCUAUGGCACGGAUGGUCUUGAGAUUCGGUGUGCGGAGAUUUCCUUGGAGAGACGCCAAGGCGAAGGAGGAGGAGGCGAUGAGAUUUGGGGCAAAACUGAGUGGUCUAGUGUUGUCAUGACCUAUGAACCUUGGCCAAACCACUACAAGUUUUAUAUCUCCCCAAGAUUUGCUAACUUGAGAAAGGGAACUCGUGGGGGAGAUGAUAUGCCUCUAGGUUUCGAUCACUUGUGAUUAUUUUUGCUGCAGUGGCAGUAAAACAGACCUGCAUCACUGUAUGAAUGUUCAGAGUUUGAUGUUAUAUCACACAAAGUUGUACAAGACAAGGGUUCGUUAGAUUGGAUCUAAAUCUCUAUUGUAUACUGAUCGUGUUAUAUAGAGAGGUUUAGUGAUA